CAGAUUACUUUGCCAUAUGAUGCACCAGAGCUAUCUAAAGCUACAAGAAGCACCGCUGCAAUUUAUCUAGCAUGCGGCAUUGAUAGCUCCAAGGCUUCUAUUUUUGUACAGUCUCAUGUCCGUGCCCAUAUUGAGCUGAUGUGGCUGCUGAGUUCUUCAACUCCUAUUGGUUGGCUGAAUAAAAUGAUUCAGUUCAAAGAGAAAUCACGCAAGGCGGUGCGUCAUUCGCUGGUAAUGAAAAUGUUGGAGUGGCACUUUUGACGUACCCUGUUCUAAUGGCUUCUGACAUCCUUCUGUACCAGUCCGAUUUGGUACCUGUUGGGGAAGAUCAGACACAACAUUUGGAAUUAACUCGUGAAAUUUCUGAACGUGUAAAUAAUCUAUAUGGUGGAAGAAAGUGGAAGAAAUUGGGAGGGAGAGGCGGUUCAUUAUUUAAGGUUCCUGAAGCCCUUAUCCCUCCAGCAGGGGCCCGUGUGAUGUCCUUAACUGAUGGCCUCUCCAAGAUGUCGAAGUCUGCUCCUUCAGAUUUGUCUCGCAUUAACCUUCUUGACCCAAAAGAUGUGAUUGUGAACAAAAUCAAACGCUGCAAAACUGACUCGCUCCCUGGCUUGGAAUUCGACAACCCAGAGAGGCCGGAAUGCAAAAAUCUUCUCUCAGUCUACCAGAUCAUCACUGGAAAAACGAAAGAGGAAGUUGUUAGUGAAUGCCAAGAUAUGAACUGGGGGACGUUCAAGGUUACCCUUACGGAUGCCUUAAUUGAUCAUCUGCAACCUAUUCAGGUUCGAUACGAGGAGAUCAUGUCUGAUCCAGGUUAUUUGGACAAUGUUCUGCUAAAUGGGGCAGGGAAAGCUUCUGAGAUAGCAGACGCCACCCUCAACAACGUCUACCAAGCCAUGGGUUUCUUGCGCAGAUAGCAUAUGUAGAACAUUUUUUAUAACUGCACAAUGCUAGUUUUGCACUUGUUGGCCUUUCUGCUAGUGGUACUGAUAAGCGUUUUGUUUGAUAUGCUUGGAUUAGCCUUUUGUUCCUGGUUAUUAUGGACACUGUUAAUAGAUAUUAAAAGGAUUAUUUACUGAAAUAUAAUGUCCAAAUACCAUCUCUGGACAACUUUAUGGUUA